UGUGGCUUCAUAGGUUGUUGCUCUUGGUCGCUUCUGUGACGAACCCGCAAUGCCGACGACUUGUGGAUUUCCGAACUGCAAAUUUCGCUCUCGGUAUCGUGGUCUUGAAGACAAUCGCCAUUUCUAUCGAAUCCCAAAAAGACCGCUUAUUUUACGACAGAGGUGGCUCACCGCAAUUGGAAGAACUGAAGAGACGGUUGUUUCACAGCUUCGAAUUUGCUCGGCUCACUUUGAAGGAGGCGAGAAGAAAGAAGGAGAUAUUCCAGUUCCUGAUCCGACGGUGGAUAAGCAGAUCAAGAUUGAGCUGCCUCCAAAAGAAAGUAAGAACAGUGAUCGACGAAGGAAGCAAAACAUUCCGGCUAGAUUUCCUAGACCAGAGUCGCCGUCAGGUGACAGUCCAUCGUACUCAAAGAAGAGCCGGAGUUUUCGUGACUUCUAUCCUUCAUUAUCAUCAACUCCAUCAUUUGAUCCAGCACAAAGCCCUCAUACCCCACACCCACCAGUUCUACCAGAUCCACAACAGGCUUUAAACGAUAUUUUAAGUAUGACGAGCACAAGGAUGAACGGUCCGUCAAGUUCACGUCCACUAGUUGCACUUCUUGAUGGUCGAGAUUGUUCGGUGGAAAUGCCAAUUCUGAAAGACGUUGCAACAGUUGCCUUUUGCGAUGCCCAGUCGACUCAGGAAAUUCAUGAAAAGGUGUUAAAUGAAGCUGUGGCGGCACUCAUGUAUCACUCUAUUAAGCUGGAAAAAGAAGAUUUAGAAAAGUUCAAAGUUUUAAAAGUUGUAUUUCGUAUCGGGUACGGAAUCGACAAUAUCGAUGUAAAAGCUGCAACUGAAUUGGGUAUUGCUGUGUGCCAUGCGCCUGGUGACUAUGUGGAAGACGUCGCCGAUUCUACACUUUCUCUGAUAUUAGAUCUUUUUAGAAGAACAUAUUGGCAUGCAAAAUCUUAUAGUGAAACCAGAAAGACUAUCGGAGCUGAUCAAGUGCGCGAGAACGCAGUCGGAAGUAAGAAGGUGCGAGGAAGCGUUCUUGGAAUUUUGGGAUGCGGACGAGUCGGCACUGCAGUUGGUCUUCGAGCAAGAGCAUUCGGACUUCAUAUCAUAUUUUACGACCCAUUUGUACGAGAAGGACACGACAAGGCGUUGGGUUUUGAAAGAGUUUACACAAUGGACGAGUUCAUGAGUCGGUCGGAUUGCAUUUCUCUUCACUGUAAUCUUGGGGAUGAGACCAGAGGCAUCAUCAACGCCGAUUCGCUGCGGCAGUGCAAGUCUGGAGUAUAUAUAGUCAAUACAUCUCACGCGGGUUUGAUUAACGAGAACGAUUUGGCAGCCGCUUUGAAAAACGGCCAUGUCAAGGGAGCCGCGCUCGAUGUACACGAUAGUGUUCGCUUUGAUCCCAAUUGCUUAAAUCCACUAGUUGGUUGUCCAAAUAUUAUCAAUACACCUCAUUCAGCAUGGAUGACAGAAGCUUCUUGUAAGGAUCUCAGAAUAAACGCGGCGAAAGAGAUUCGGAAAGCUAUCAAUGGACGAUGCCCACAAGAUCUCACACAUUGCAUCAACAAAGAAGCUGUCAUGCGUAAUAGCAAUCCAAUUAACCGUAGAACUAGCUCAGCUCAUCCACUUCUCAAUAUGGGUUUUCCAACGUUGCCAAACUUUCCGCCAAUGUCCAUGAGUCCGCAUUUCCCUUAUCCAAAUCCAUUAUUAGCCAUGGGAGCUCAAAUGGGAGCUCUCAACCCUUUUAUGGGCAAUGGUGCAUUACCGUUCAACCCGGCGGCCGCCCUCUCUUCACUUGCUGCGGCGCAGGCGGCGAAUGCUCAACGGGGAUCACCUGCCAAUAGAUCGAGUAGAUCAAGUCCCAGUCCACACACCAAUAAGUCGUCAGUGAGUCCUGGAAACAAUGGUCAUGUCAAGACAGAGCCGUCUUCGCCGGCUGCAAAAAUCGAGGUAGAUAUUGCCGAAAACGACAAGCAUUCAAUGAUGACGUUUCUUCAGCGAUUAAUUGCUCCAAAUGGAGAUAGUGGUGCAUCGACGGCCGAUAGUGGAAUUGAGGGUGGAGACAAAGAAAAGGUCCAAUCUGACGGUGAUGAAAAUAUGGAAGAUAUGGAAGUGAUAGAUGCAGAAAAGCUAAAAGAAGAGCUGAAUAUCGGCCAAUUAGAAGAGCCAGAAGAAAUUAGUGUCGGGUUGAAUAACGGAAAUCGGAUCAAUAUUGAUGAGCAACCAUUGGCCACAUAAAGUUCUCAGAAAAAUAUUUUUUGUUUAAAUGUUCUCGAGGUUGUGACAACUUUUUAUAUUAAUGUGUUUUCUUUUUUCUCCCUUUAACUGUUUUUAAUCUCUCCAUUCAUCUCAGGAGUAUAAUUUUUUUUAAUUUCAAUUUUUAAACAACCCACUCGUCGAACUCCAAACAACGAACCUAGUUGAACCAAAUAGCUAUUUUUAACCCUUAAUAAUUUUUAUUUUAUGAAUUCAAUUCUAAACAGCUUUAAAAAAUAACAAUAAUAACUCAUUAAAUGUACUGGAUUGUCGAACAAAUACGAACUCGAAUUUGUAAGCCACCUUCAAUUUUUCCUGGUUAAUUUCACAUUUUUUAAAAAUAUAUUGCAUGCAAAAUUUCUGAAUUUUCUCGCGCAUUUCUAAGAUACCUCAUUUUCGUCCUCUCAGAUUAAAUCAUCAGUAUUAAAUUUUAGAAUGCGCUUUCCGGUUUCCAACAAAACCAACUUCGCACAUUUUUUUCAAACUCAACCUCUACUAGAUUCAUUUAUUCUUCUUUCGAUUUUUCCUCAUUUGAAUUUGUUUUUAAUUUUUUCACAAGUCAUAAUAAAUAUGUGAAUGGAAG